CUGAAGGACAUUUCUCACAGGUCUCCAACCACAUCAAUUGCUCAACUGAACUCCAUUCACUAUGGACAUUCCACUGAACCUGGGUACUCUGGUCCUAAUGCUCAUUUUCUACAGCGAAGUGCAUGCAGGGCGCAUCUAUGGGGGCAAGGAGACCGUGCCUUACAGUAGACCCUACAUGGUCCUCCUGGAGAGGGCUACCACCAACAUCCUGAAGCCCAAAAACUGUGCUGGCUUUCUAGUGAGAGAGGACUUUGUGAUGACUGCUGCCCACUGCAAUGGGAGAUCCAUUAAGGUCAAGCUGGGAGUCCACAACGUGCAACAGGAAAGCGCUCAGGAAAUGUUUGUGAAACAGGCAUUUCCACAUCCACAUUAUGAUAAUGAAGAACAUGAUAAUGAUAUCAUGCUACUCAAGCUGGAGAAGAAUGUGCUUGUCACCGACCGUGUGAGACCCAUUGGCCUCCCGCAGACAGAAGAUGAGGAGGUGCCCAAGGACUGUCUGGUGUCAGGCUGGGGCUUCAAUAUCAGGGGAGUAAACAAAGGAUCCUCUGUGCUACUGGACCUCAACGUGACACUGGUUGCGAGUCAAGUAUGCUCAGACAACCAUGCGUUCUGCUCUUCAGGACUAAAUGGACCUGCUCAGGGAGACUCCGGAAGUCCAUUGGUCUGUAACGGUGUGGCCUAUGGGGUGGUGUCCUGCUCUAUAGACAAACUCUACAUUUACACGCGCAUCCCUGACUACCUGGACUGGAUCACCAACACCAUGAACAAUUGAUACGACACUGACCAGAAACCUCUACAGUUUGUUCACUUGUUCACCCAGGUCCCUAGAAGCAUGAUUAUGAUACUGCAGAAUCUAAAUGUGUUUAUGAUGCUUUCUGAUUGAUUUAACGGUGCUGGUUAAUGUCUGUGUGCCUUCAUGCAGUAAGCCAAAGAUUGUUAGUAUAACCUCCUUGUUCUGUGUUGAAGCCUCUGAAUUUCCAUCUGUCAAACAAUGCUUUCAAGUCCUGUUCUGUGCUGCAGCUGUUUUAAAUUUUAAAUUGUGAAUCAUGGGAUUAAAUACAUAGAGAGUUGAUGUUAUUGAACACAUUUAUUUUGUGAAUAUCAAUAUGAGCAAACUGAGAAGAGGUGCUUUGAUCAAGUUGUCCUUUAAACAGUGAGGCAAUCACACAAUGCUUACUGCAUUUUGGAGUAGGCUAUAUUGAAAAUAUAUGAGCAGUAAAAGACAUCGAGCAUAAAAAAAAUCUUAACAAGACUGCCCCCUUGUGCACAUCUGAAUAACAUACAGUCCAUGUAAAAUACAUUAAAGGCCCAGUGCAGUGCAAAA